UUAAUGAUUUUUUAUAUUAUUAUUUUUAAUAUUUUUUUAGUUUUAUUUAAAAUGAAAAUAGAAUUGAAUAGAAUUUUAUGCCUUGUGAUCUAAAAUGGAUUUUUCAAAAUUUUCGGAUGAAAGUUUUGAUGUGAAAGAAUGGAUAAACAACGCUCUGCAAAUUAAAAGUACUCUUGCUGAUAACCAAGUAUCGAGUCUUGUAAUGAAACUUCAGUUAUGCAUUCAGGAAGUAAAUAAGUCACUCGAAGAAACAAGUCGAGUAGCAUUGAACAACAUUCCUCGAGUUCUUCGGGAAGUAGAAAAUGUAAAAACUGAAGCUUCAGUUUUAAAGAACCAAAUGGCAGUCCUGAAAGAUGAUAUUAGACUUAUUGAAGAAAAUACAUCUCAAUCAAUGAAAGAGUUGAUGUUGAUAGAUGGCGUUAAAAAUCGGAUGCAAUCUACUUCUCUUGCUCUACAGGAAGCUGAUAAUUGGUCUAAAUCAUCCUUAAAAGUUACAGAAGCUGCUCUUGUAGGAGAUGUUGAGCAGGUUGCACAAAGGUUGAUCAGCAUGCAAAAAAGUCUGCAACACUUGAAAGAUUCUCCUGAUUUUGCUAAUUAUGUUGAAGUGUUGGAGUCUCAUAAAAAUAAACUUGAAGCCAUGCUCAGUCCCAAACUUGUACAUAUUUUCAAUAAUCACAACUUAGAAGAUGCAAAAUAUUAUGUUGGAAUUUUUGAACAACUUAAUCGACUUUCUCAUUUGCAGACAUAUUAUAACAAUUGUCAUAAGACCUCAAUUUUGAAUGCAUGGAUAUCAUUAAGAGAUGAAAAGAAGCCAUUGGCAUCAUGGUUGGCAAAGUUCUAUGAACAUUUGCUGUCUUUAUGGCAUCAAGAGGUCAGUUGGUGUUCUAAAGUUUUUCCACAACCUCUACAAAUAUUAAGUUCACUGUUAGCUCAGUCUUUAAGUAAUUUGCAACCUUCCCUAGAUAUAUGCAUUCAAGAAAAUGUUAAUGAAGCUGUCAACCCACUACAGCUUCUUCUUGAAAUUAAAACUGUUACAGCCAGGUUUGAAAAAAGUCUGCGAAUGGCAGUUUUAUCUGCUCAAAAUUCAAGUGAUGAUGUUAGCAUAUUAUCUGUGAUUGACCUUGUUAAUGCACCUUUCUCAAAUUUUUUGCUUCGAUAUUCUAGUCUACAACAAGAUUAUCUUAUAAAAAACAUUGAACAACUUAAAAUGACUGUAAAAGAUUUAUCAGAUAUUCCUGAAGUGAUUGCUGACUCCACUAAUCUAGUUUUUAAGUAUGCUCAAGAAGCAAGUCAAGCAUGUUGGCAGUUCACACAUGGUUAUGGAGUAUGUGGAUUGCAUGAAGCACUACAGAUUUUUUUAUCUGCUUACUUUGAACUUAUCGACAACACUCUUUCAAAGUUUAAUCAACUUGCAUUCGGUCUUCCUGCAGAAUGUGUUUGGUCCAAUUUUCAGUAUUCAUUUAAAGUUAUAGAAGUUUGUGGAACAUUGAUGACAAAAUUUGAGGCAUAUAGAUGUGGCUUAUGUGAAGAGAUUACAAAACAUGUGUUAGAAAUAACCCAAGGGAGUGUUUCUGAUGACAAUUAUUUAAUUAAAGCACGACCAGCUGAAUGGGAUUUUAUAAUGGAAUUAAAAGAUCAAAUUCUCUCACGAGGAAAAGAUGCAAUUUUGUCAGCAUCGUGUUCUCAUGUUUUGCGUUUAAACAAACGAGCACAUUCACUGGCAUUUGAUCUUAUCUUUUAUCAAUUUAAAUGUUUGUUAGAUGGUGUUUCAUCUAUGGAGGUUUGGAGAACAGAAGAAAAAGAAGCAGCAGGUGGUGACUUGCCAAAGUUUAGUUUAUCUCCUCAAAGUUAUAUUACUCAGAUCGGAGAUUCUCUUUUAACUCUCCCCCAACAGCUUGAAGGUUAUUUCAAUGAGCAAAAUGUCUCUCUUAUAGUUUCAUUAAAAGUUGGAAGAUUGCCUUUUCAAGAAACUGAAGGUGCUCAUCUUGAUCACUGCUGGUUAGAGAGCUUGGCGCGAAGCGCAAGUGCAAACUAUGUUGAAGCUAUUAUAAAAAUUCCUUAUCUAACAGCUUAUGGAACACGACAGUUACUUGCUGAUAUAGAUUAUUAUUUAAAAAUUCUUGGUGCUUUGGAAGUAAAUGUUAAUGAAAAACUUCUUACUAUUCAAAAGCUAAUGAUUGCUGACCCAUCAAGUUUUAAUGAAGUUGCAGCUGAAACAGGUGCAGACGAAUCAUUAAUAAAAUAUAUAUCAACGUUGAGAAAGAUUUGUUAAUAAUUCAUGUAAUAAUUAUUUGAAUAAUCUUUGUAAUAACUUAUUUCAAAUACAUAAUUUUUUUAUUA